CCACCUACAUUAGAUCAGAUAAGAUUCCCAUUUACAAAAAGCUGAAGCAGAUUCUAAAGCAGAGAGAGACAGAGAGAGAGAGAUGGCGACGGCCUUCAGAUCUUUACCAGUCAUCGACAUAUCUCCUCUAUUGGCCAAGUGUGAUGAUCCCGACAUGGCUGAUGAUCCCGGCGUGGCCGAUGUUGUCCGGCAACUGGAUAAAGCUUGUCGGGACGCCGGAUUCUUCUACGUGAUAGGCCAUGGAAUCUCGGAGAGUCUUAUAAAUAAAGUUAGAGAGAUCACUCGUGAGUUCUUUAAGCUUCCUUAUGAAGAGAAACUUCAGAUCAAGAUGACUCCAGCUGCUGGAUACAGAGGAUAUCAGAGAAUUGGAGAAAAUGUAACUAAGGGAAUACCAGAUAUCCACGAAGCCAUUGAUUGUUACAGAGAGUUUGAGCAAGGGCAGUAUGGGGAUAUAGGCAAAGUUAUGGAAGGGCCAAACCAGUGGCCAGAGAAUCCUCAAGAGUUUAAAGAGUUGAUGGAGGAGUAUACUAAGCUAUGUACAGAUCUUUCUAGAAAGAUCUUGAGGGGAAUCUCUUUAGCUCUUGGUGGAUCACCGUAUGAGUUUGAGGGAAAGAUGGCUGGUGACCCUUUUUGGGUGAUGCGUCUUAUUGGCUAUCCAGGUGCUCCGUUCGCAAAUGGCCAACCGGAAAAUGAUAUCGGAUGUGGAGCUCACACUGACUAUGGGUUGUUAACUCUUGUAAAUCAAGACGAUGACAAAACUGCUCUUCAGGUGAGAAACUUGGGCGGCGAUUGGAUAUCAGCCGUUCCAAUCCCUGGAUCGUUUGUUUGCAACAUCGGCGACAUGUUAAAGAUACUUUCAAACGGAGUGUACGAAUCGACACUUCAUAGAGUGAUCAAUAACUCUCCUCUAUACCGUGUCUGUGUCGCAUUCUUCUACGAGACUAAUUUCGACGCGGUAGUGGAGCCAUUGGAUAUAUGUAAGCAGAAGUACCCUGCAGGGAGAGGAGGAUCCCAAGUUUUCAAAAAGGCUGUCUACGGAGAGCAUCUCGUUAGUAAAGUCCAGACCAACUUUGCUAUGUAAUGGAAGGCAGAUCUCUCUCGCCUUCUUUUGUACACAAUCCACCAACUUUAGCCUCAAGUUUAAUUUGUAAUAAUAGUAUGUGGAUUUGUUUCAAGAAAAAAAAAAUAGUGUAUGAUUUGUUUAUAAUAUAUUCAUUUCAUAGUU